CCUUCCUCAUCUCGACGACUACUUACAGCACUUUCCCUCAUCUCUACCCCUUUUUUUUUAAUUCCCAUAUAUAUUAAAAUUCAAUUCCCCUUUUUAUAUAUUAUGUAAAAUAAAAAUAAAACUUAUUAGCACACUAAUAAUUUUAGAGAAAAGAAGAGGGAACAACGAUCCCCUAAACUACACCAAAAAAAAAAUUGAAAUCUAAAUCUCAAAACAACUUAUGGCAUUUCACGUUGCUUGUCCAAUUACAUGUCGAAGAAUCUGUUUCUGUUCGUUAGGGUUUCCGCGUUCUCUGAACGGAACGAAGAACGCAACGAAGGAUUUUCUCGAUGAGGUAAAUUUGCUGAGUGAUUUUCUCGGUGAUUCACGGAAGGAAGAUGGUGGAACGAUUCAAGUUGCGGUGCCGAAAGUGGUGCCACCGCCGCCGCAGGAAAUUGUUGCUGUUAGCGGUGGUGGUGGUGGUGGUGGUGAUGUGGUUGAUGAAUCUGCAUCCAUGAAAGCUAAGCGUGAUGCUCUUCAGAGAAAAGGUGCUGCUGCUAUGAUUGCUGCUGAGGAGUAUGCUAGGAGGCUUGAAUCUGGCGAUGUUGUGGAUACAUCGGGCAAUCUUAAUGGAGAAGAACAGGGGCAAUCCAAUGUAAAGGUCUUUUGUCGAAUGUGCAAUCGUGUCGAGAACGAAGGAAGUGAGAAAGCGAAAAAGAUGCUGUCCUGUAAAAGUUGUAGUAAGAAGUACCAUAGGAGCUGCUUGAAAAGUUGGUCUAAUAAUAGAGAUUUAUUUCAUUGGAGUUCGUGGACCUGCCGUGCUUGCCGAAUUUGUGAGGCUUGCAGAAGGACUGGUGAUCCCAGUAAGUUCAUGUUCUGUAAAAGAUGUGAUGGUGCUUACCAUUGUUACUGUCUGCAACCUCCUCAUAAGAAUGUUAGUACUGGGCCCUAUUUGUGCCCGAAACACACAAAGUGUCACAGUUGCGCAUCCAAUGUCCCUGGGAAUGGACUAAGUGUGAGGUGGUUUCUGGGAUACACGUGCUGUGAUGCAUGUGGAAGAUUGUUUGUGAAAGGGAAUUACUGUCCUGUUUGUCUGAAGGUUUACAGAGAUUCAGAGUCAACACCAAUGGUUUGCUGUGAUCAUUGCCAACGCUGGGUGCAUUGCCAGUGUGAUGAUAUUAGUGAUGAAAGAUAUCACCAAUUUCAAGUGGAUGGGAAUCUGCAGUAUACAUGUCCUACUUGUCGUGGGGAAUGUUAUCAGGUCAAGAAUCUUGAGGAUGCUGUUCAAGAGCUUUGGAGGAGAAAGAAUGUUGCUGAUAAAGAUUUAAUUACCAGCUUGAGGGCUUCAGCUGGUUUACCAACACAAGAAGAAAUAUUUUCCAUUUCACCAUAUUCUGACGAUGAGGAUAGUGGGCCUUUGAAGUUAAAGAGUGAUUCUGGUUUUAAGUUCUCUUUUAAGAAUUUUCCCAAUAAUUCACCUACCAAGAUGAAUGAUUAUGGAAAGAAAUCUUCGAACAAAAAGUCUGCUAAGAAAAAGGACUCUCUGUCAUUCAUGACGGGUAAAAUUGAUGCACGCCAUAGUUUUGAAGGACAUAGUGAUAUUAGAUCUUUACAUAGCUUGGAUGAUAUGCAAUCCCAGAGAAAUGAAGGUCCUGAUAUUUAUUCAUCACCUGCUACUGGAAGCUUGACUCAAACUGAAGUAUCUUGUCCUAUCAAUCAGACAGGGAUUUUGAAACGUAAGUCUGUUGAUGAGGUGAUGGUCAGUGAUGAAGAAAGGAAACCCAGAGUUGUUCGAAUUAAAAGGAAUAAGGCAAAUAUUUUGGAUAGUGAAGAGAGUGGAAAACAUGGUGAUAAGUCUCAGAAUGUGAAAAAGAAUAAGUUGGUUAUAAAUUUGGGAGCACGGAAAAUUAAUGUAGCUAGUUCUCCGCUGUCUGAUAAUGCAAGCUUCCAAAGAGAUCAAGAUCUGGUUACUGCCAAUGGAAAUGAAAAUCCAGCCCAUUUGACGAAGGGAAACAAGUUUGCAUUAGAUAGACACGAUGGAGCAGCUGGACAUAUUGAUGGUAAAGGAAGUAGGGUUGAUUCAGGCCAAUCAAAACAUUUAAAGGUUUACGGAAGAGAAGGAAACACAAUCAAGUUCGGAAAAGUAAAGCCAAGUGUUUCUGAAUUCAACUUCACCUCUGGUAGAGGCAAUAUGUCGGAUGGGGGUGAAGUUGGUCCUUUAGAGGGAUCUCACAUCAUGCGGGGAAAACGUAGUACUCAUGGAAUGAUCAACCAAGUUGGAUUAGGUGCAACGUCAAGAGGUGAAAGGACAUAUUUGGCGAAGCAGUCAGAAGGUAGCUCUGAUGUAUAUGAUGAGACACAUGACCAUAAUCACAUGCCUUCACAUUCUUUGCCAAAAGAUUCUAAACCUUUACUGAAAUUUAAAAUAAAAAAGCCUAUCGAAAGUCAAAAUUCUCAUCAGGAAGAGGAGAAGACCACAAUCAAGGGCCAGAGGUCAAAAAGGAAGAGGCCUUCACCUUUUAAAGAAAGAUCAUUGUUUAAUGACUCUGAAGGUAAAGAAAGAUCAUUGGUUAAUGACUCUGAAGGUGCAAGUCAAUCUCCUGGAGAGAAUAUAAAUCAUGAGAACAUGGAUGCAAACUGGAUUUUGAUGAAAUUGGGAAGUGAUGCAAUUGGAAAGAGAGUUGAAGUUCAUCAGAUAUCCGAUGAUUCUUGGCACAAGGGAGAGGUGACUGGUGUAGUUGAAGGCACCUCAAAUCUACAUGUUACUUACGAGGAUGGAAAAGUGAGUAUCUUGGAACUCAGGAAGCAGGGAGUUCGUUUUGUUCCUCAAAAGCAAAAGAGAUCGAAAACAUGAACUCAAGUUAUCCAACCCUUGGGAUCGUUUUAUGUGGAGUCUUUUUAUUCAUUGACUUGAAGAUUAUUCAUCUGAGGCCUCUUUAGUGAAAUUUAUAUUCUUAGCCACCCAGAUUGCUGCUGGUUUUUGGGUAAGCAUUCUCUAUUGGAGCAAUUUCAGUUUUCUUCGAAGGAUUAACUGUAUCCUACCGAAGCCCUUUUCUGAACUGCAGGAUCUUUAUUGCAUACUAGAAUAUUUUUUUCUUUUAUUGUUUUUCUACAUGUAUCCGAUUUCACAAAGUAGAUUUCUGCCUGUGAUGCACAGGUCACCAUUACUGUAGAAUAGGGAGGGAUGUGCCCUAGGUGUUAGAUGUAUGAUUAAAUGCUGCUAGCAGUUUAUUUUUGUUUGUUUGUGAAUUGCAGUUUUUAUGAGUUGAGAUAUUUUCUUGAAUGUUGACAUUAUUGAUUAUUGUCA